AACCCGGAAGCUCUUGUUUCUGUUGACAACGAGAGUCACGGCGGCUAACACCAUAGCUACCACACACAUACACACAGACAGUGACAAGGACUUUACAAAAAUGAGCGAAACACAGAACAGAGCGGUAUCUGAGGCCAUUUCCGUUCACAAUUUCUCGGACAAGAUUCUGGAGCAGGCCGUUCACUUUCACGUGAUGAAGCUCAGCGGCGGGUUUUUCCUCUGGAUCGGUUCAUCUCCAGUCCUGUCAAACCUGGCGGUUUCAAUGAGCAGCAAAUAUGAUUCAAUGCCUUUAUCCACAUUAAUCAUGGGGGAUCCGUCCAAUACUGCUCCAAAUACUUUGUCACAGAGAUUAGCAAAGAAGACCAAAAAACAAGUGUUUGUGAGUUACAGUCUCCCAGUGACGGACUCCAACCUCAGUCUGUUGGUGGAGAACAGGAUAAAGAAGGAGCUGGAGCUUCACCCUGAGCAUUUCUGAUAAACAGAGCAGGUCCUCCCAGUUUUGUGCUUUAAUACAAAUCCUAAUACAAGCAGACAUGGUCACAUCAAGUGUUCUUUUAUUGACAUAAUAAAUUAAGUGUUUCAUUAUCAAAA